AUGCAGAUAUUCCUCAAAUUACCCAAGGAAAUUUUAUCCCUAAUAUUCAGCCAAGUAAAUGAUAAGUCUGUAAUUGAAAGUUUAAUACACAUUCCAGGUUUACAACAUAUUGCUCUAGAGCGAAAAUAUCCAAAAUUUGAAAUCAACAAUAACAACAACUCAAUUAAAAAAUUAAUAUCGCUUUUUCAAAAAUAUGAAUUUAUCCCUUCAAUAAUAAUCGGAAAUAUAUAUCAAAUCAAUCAAUUGAUAGAUGAACCUGCAUUUAGAUUAGCCAAUUAUGAAGUAAAGAUCUUACCGACUACUAAAUUUAAUGAUUUUGUAUCAAUUUUAGAUAAAGUCUACGUAAUAGGGAUGCAUUUGGAUCAAUAUUUAGAACCUUUUGUUGGAAUUUUCAAGAAGAAUGAAAUUAAAUCAUUUUUGGAUUAUAUUGCAAAUAACAAUUUACAAUCUUUAAUUAUAUCUCAUUUGAAUAUGUUUAAAAUCCAAUUUCCAACGUCUUUAAAGCAAAUAACACUAAAUGGAGGUCAAAAUUUUGAAUUAAAUUUAAGCGAUUUGCAAUAUCUUGAAUCAUUAAAUUGCAAAAAUCUCCACAAGAUGAGUUCAUUCAAAAGUUUUCAACUUCCAACAUCUAUCGAAAAUUUAAAACUUGAUUCUUGUGAUUUUAAAAGUUUAGAUAAUUUAAAAAAGUAUAGCAAAUUAAAAUUACUUCAUAUAACUUGUUGUCCUGAAAUUUAUGACAUUACUUAUACCGAGUUUCCUGGUUCAUUGAAAAUAUUGAAUUUCAUUAACAAUUUCGAGCCUAAUAGAAUAGCUGAGCUAAAUGAAGAAGAACUACUGGAUGAUGUGAUUUUUUCUGAAAAAGACUUACGGGUCCUUCUUUAUUGUUUCCCUCCAAAUUUGGAAAAAUUAAGUAUAAACGAUACUAUGCAAACUUUAGAAAUAGGAAAUAUUGAGAUUUCAAAAUCAUUGAAUUGUUUAGAGCUCAAGGGUAUUGGUGAAUUUAAUUUAAGUUGGGUUCUAGAUAAUCUACCAAGGAAGAUGUCUAAAAUCGUUAUUAGAGAUUGUCGAAUUUUGUAUUCAGACUUUCGAGUUUCAUUUCCUGAGCUGAAGCAGAUUAAGAUUACGAACAACAAAGUAUGUUUUGAUCCUUUUAUUUCAAAUUUAAAUCAGUUGGAACUGUUGAAAGAGUUGGAUAUAUCUGAUAACGUGUGUCCAGAUUUUGAUGAUACCGAGUACCCAUUUGAUCCGCUUAUGAGUUUACCUGACAUGAAAAUAUUUAAUAUGGAAAAAAUAUGUUUCAACACACCCCAAUUACAUCAUUUAAUUCUAAAAAGUCCAACGCCACCAGAUCACGAUUAUUACGAGUUUUCGUCUGAGUUAUUAUUUAAUUGCAAAAAUUUGGCCAAAAUAAAUGUAAUAAAUUUAGAUAUACGCUUUUUGAACCUCAAUGAAUUUUCCAAUUCAUUAAAGGAAUUGGUUAUCAAGAAUUCGAAAUUACAGGCAAUACAUGGUAAUUUUUCCAAUUUAAAUAAGUUACAGAUUUUAGAUUUACAAAGUAAUCAACUUACUUUACAAAGGUUGGAACAUCAAAAGUUCCCAUCAAGUUUGAUUUAUAUAAAUUUGUCGAACAAUAAACUUGAAGAUUUAAGUUGUUUGGACUUAGACAAUUGUGUACAUUUGGGAGAUUUGAUAUUAGAAAAAGUAACCGCAAAAGAUGAACCAGAAGGUGCUAUUGCAUUGAUGGAAUUAUUCUUAGAUACUAAAGCUAAUGCAAUAUUAACAAAUUAUGAUUCAAAAGUGAUUUUCAAAAUUGUUGAUGGAGUAGAAGAAGAUUCAAUAUUACAAGCUAAAUCCAAAAGAAGAAAAAUAUGUUAA